CCCGCCGCCCGCCACCCAGCAUGUCGUCCCCCGCCGUCCCCAUCAAGCUCGACAGCCUCACCGCCAACAACCUCGGCAUCUUCAACAGAAUCGCCGCCCCCGCCGAGUACCCGGACCACUACAUCCAGCAGUGCCGGGACAGCGGCGAGCUCUGUCGCUACGCGUACUUCGGUGAGGUCCCCGUCGGCGUGCUCGUGCUCCACACUGUCGUGAACAAGUCGCCCGUGGCGCUCAACAUCGCCCUCCUCCGCGUCCUCGACGCCUAUGCCGACAACCUCCACGUCGAGGCCGAGCUGGUGCGCUACGCCCUGGCCCUGUGUCCGAAGCGCCACGUUGCCGCGUGCACGGCCGUCGUCAACCGCUCCGACACGGUGCUCGUCCGCGUCCUCACAGACAUGGGCUUUCUCCCGCAGACGGGGCCCGUCCCGGACGCAUACCGCACGCUGUCCGUCGACGCCGCCGCCGGCGAAACCCUCUUCGUCAAGUCCGUCUAGACCGCCACGACGUCCACGCUUGUGGACGUCCAAGUGGGGGCUUCCCGGCUGCCCCGCAGCCCCUCCCUGUAUAGUACUCCCCUCUACAGUUAAUACACCCGGCCCCGGCCAGCCAACCGGAAAGACCCACGCUCCCGUCCGGCACGCUCCCCAC